AAAAAAUUCAAACAGUAUAUAAAAGCACUCAAAUAUAUGAACCCCAAUAAUCUUGCUCUUAUGAGCAUUAAUUAAUUGGCCACGUUUGCGUAUCUUUUAUAUAGAUCGUAUCUCUUUUAAUUGAAAAAUCAAAAAACAUUUUUUGACUUUUGUAAUGCUGUAGGGUCCUUGAAAAAACAUCGUGUAUCUAUUUUAUGACAAAUGUGGGAUUUCACUAGUAGAAAAUCGGAUACAUCAUCACUCAUCAUAUCAUUGAGGAAUCCACAGAUGGAAAUAAUUUCAGAAAAUGUUAUGUUCUUGCUCUUUUGCUUUCUCUCGUCAUGUUUCCUUAUCUUCACGGCCACCACAAGAUUCCCAAGGAGCUCUUACCGAUCCGCCACACUACCUCCUGGACCUCCACGAUUGCCGAUUAUCGGAAACAUUCACCAAGUCGGUACAAACCCUCACCGCUCAUUCGCCGACCUCUCAAAAACUUAUGGGCCACUCAUGAGUCUUAAGCUUGGACGUUUAAACUCUGUGAUCAUAGCUUCACCAGAAGCUGCAAGAGAAGUACUGAAAACACACGACCAAUUCUUGUCUGCCCGUAAAUCUACUAACGCUAUACGGGCCGUCAAUCACCAGGAGGUUUCCGUAGCCUGGCUUCCAUCGUCUUCGGCUCGUUGGAGGUUGUUGAGGAAAUUGUCUGCGAGUCUCAUGUUCUCCCCGCAGCGUAUCGAAGCCACUAAGGCUAUGCGAAUGAAGAAGGUGCAAGAGCUUGUGAAUUUCGUGAAUGAGAGCAGCGAGAGAGAAGAAGCAGUUGAUAUUUCUCGUGCAUCUUUCACCACAGUUCUUAAUAUUAUAUCGAACAUUUUGUUUUCCGUCGAUCUCUGUAGCUACGGCUCUAAAAAUGUCAAUAAGUUUCAGGAAACGGUGAUUGCUGUCAUGGUAGCUGUAGGGAAACCAGACGUUGCCAACUUUUUUCCAUUUUUGGGUUUCCUUGAUCUGCAAAGUAAUAGAAAGACUAUAAAGUGUUGCACAGAGAGGUUGUUGAGGGUUUUCCGUGGGUUCAUGGAUGCGAAAAUAGCAUUGCGGAAUGAAUCUACAAAUGAUGUUUCCAACAUAGAUUUCUUGGAUUCGCUUCUUGCCCUCACCCAAGGAGAUAAAGCUGAGCUAGACAAUCACGACAUUGAACACCUUCUCUUGGAUAUCUUUUCAGCUGGCACCGAUACAAACUCUGGUACCGUAGAGUGGGCAAUGGCAGAGUUACUUAAAAACCCUAAAACGAUGGCGAAAGCUCAGGCCGAGAUAGAUCGUGUGAUAGGCCAAAACGGUGUCGUUGAAGAGUCAGAUAUCUCAGAAUUGCCCUAUUUACAAGCGGUUGUGAAAGAAACUUUCCGUUUGCACCCAGCAGUUCCCCUUCUCCUCCCGCGGGAAGCAGAAACAGAUGUGGAGAUUCUUGGAUUCAUGGUGCCCAAAGAUGCUCAGGUUUUGGUGAACGUUUGGGCCAUAGGACGAGACCCGAACGUGUGGGAGAACCCGACACAGUUCGAGCCAGAGAGGUUUUUGGGGAAAGAUAUUGACGUGAAAGGUAGAGAUUAUGAGCUAACACCGUUUGGGGCCGGACGUAGAAUAUGUCCAGGAUUGCCUUUAGCUGUGAAAAUCGUGUCUCUCAUGCUUGCUUCGCUUCUUUAUUCCUUUGAUUGGAAGCUUCCAAACGGCAUCUUUCCUGAGGACUUGGACAUGGACGAGACCUUUGGUAUUACAUUGCAUAAGACCAUCCCGUUACAUGCUAUUCCCGUCAAGAAACGCACUAUCAGUUCGUCAUACUCUCUUCUGUUUGUUUAAGAGUUGUAAAACAUAUAAAUAAAUUUUAAAAGUAAAAGAACAUCAUCACAAAGGUGUUUGUCUCGGUUGUUUAACUUGUUUAAGUUUGCGAUCUCUGCUUUCUUCUAGUGAA